UUAAUGUAAUCGUGGUGGUGUUCAUUCGUCCGAUCCGCCGUUAAUCGCGGUCGCCAACCGCAAUUAUGCGAUAGAUUAGUUGCCUGGUCUUGUUCCGUCUUAUCGUAACGCCGUGCGCAAUCGAGACGGCAAUAAGCCUUUGCAGCGUUUUAACUGCGUACGCCCGCGACGCGUUUUCCCAGUGCGAUCGGUGGAUGUCGAAUGUACGCGGAAUCGUGAUUCGACGAGUCUGAUGCGCGACCAUUUUUGUGCGUACACGGCAGACGCACCACAUACGUACAAGUCCGGUACGGGCGCAAUAUUCAUUGGGGCGGCGGCGGGAGUGGCCGUCAAUCUAGCCGUUUGUGUUAUCGCAACGUGCUAAUAACGCGGUUCUCGUUACAGGCGCCGACAGUCCACAGAUAUCCUGAGCUUGUAAGCGGUCGUCAGGAAGAAGCAACUUGAACCAAUAUGGAAGGCGUUCCACGGUUAUAUAUGAUUGGUAUACCGGCCAAACGAUGUGCAGACAAUCAUACGCCCGACUUUGCAACGGCUCUGAAUCAUCAUAUAAGACAAUCUUAUGGUCGAGAUCCUAGCUUAUAUUCUGCAGACAUAGAUACAUUGCUUGGACUAAGACAAUCUGCUAUGAAUGCUGUGAUGUCAUCUGUUUGCUCGGUAAAUGAUUGUACUGCAUUAAAACGAUAUUAUGCACACUUAGUUCGAAUAACCGAUAAAUUUCCCAAACUCAUGCAACAAAAAAUUGUUGGAGUAAAAGAACCUUAUGAAGAUGUUGCAAUCACUAAAAUUGAAGAACCAACACCAGCUUUAACUUUUACAUGGAAACGAACUCUUGGUGGAAAGACAAACCGAUGUAUUAACGAUAUUGAUGCUGCUUCACUUGUAGUAGACAGUGGUGACAUUGGGUAUGAGAUGCGAUGCGUACUGUACAAUUUGGGUGCUGCACAUAGUCGUCUAGCUUCAGCACAGGACAGAUCACCACCAUUGGUAACUUCUAAUACAUCAACCACAGCAGGGGAGGAAUCCCCAUCAAAUACAGCUCUUAAAAUAGCUUGUACACAUCUACAGUGCUCUGCGUGGGCAUUUCAGCAAUUGCUUGGCAAUGGUGAAAAUAAUAAUGAACAUACUAAAUGGCAUCAUCGACAACAGCCACCAGUUACAAGUCGAGCAGUUCUUGAGUUUGCAUACAAUGUAACACUUGCACAGGCACAAGAGUGUAUUUUGGAGAAAAGUAUGAUGGAUGGCCGAAAACCUCUCAUAAUUGCUAAAGUAUCAGCUAUGAUAUGUGAAUAUUUUGCUGGUGCGGUGAAUGCAGUUCUCAGAGUUGAACGUGAGCCAUACUGUGUUAGCGCAAGUAGGAUUGAAAAAUGGCGACUAUACUCUGAAUUUAAAUGUCGGUAUUAUGGAGCCAUUACAGCCCUGUUUCAAGGCCAGCACGUUCAAGAUCAGUUACAACAGAUGGGCACUCGAGUUUCAUAUUACCGACGUGCAGUAAACCUACUUGGACGGGCUGGUCAGAUAUCAGAGAACGGUGGAAAGUCAAUGACUUUAGUGUCAAGAGAAGAUGAUUCGGCUGAUGAUGAUUAUUAUUAUUAUUUGGAUUCAGAAGUUGGACGAAUUGGUUCCGGUCGAUUAGCUGCAACUAAAGAAUUAGAGAUGAGAAGAGAUACUUUAUCAUUUGCCAUGGACGUAGCUGCUGCCAAGUGGCGUGCAGCUAAAUCAGAAAAUGAACUUAUUUAUCAUGAACCUGUAAUACCUGUAUUGUCUGAUGAAGACGAUAGUGAUUGUUUGGGAAAUAGUUCUUCUUCAACAUCAAGUAGUCAACAUCAUAAUUUAGACAGAGUUAAGGGAGCAUCAUUAGUUAAGCCCAUAGGCUUCAGUGUUGAUGAUCCAGAGCUCUUAGCUGUUGUUGUUUCUAACAAUGAAUCAUCAUCUUUUACAUCUACUGUUACUACACUAUUUAGAGAUAUAGUGCCUACAGUUUCUCGUAAUCGAGCAGCUACUUACCGAACAGAAAAGCGCGCAAUGGAAGCAUAUGUUCAAUCAUUAUGUCAGGAAGCUGAUGAUCGACUGACUAAAUUUGUUGACCGAUUACAUCUCGAAUGCUUAGAUAUGUACAAAAACUAUAGUAAUGAAUAUGAAAAUGAUGAGAAUAAUAUCAAGAAUGAACUACCACAACAAUUGGUUAACUGUUGCGCUGCAUACCAAGCUUUGUUACACCAGCGACGAGAAGAAAGAGAAAGAGAUCCUUCUAGUGCCAAUAAAGAGGACCAAUUGGACAUUGAUAUGGAUCGGCUAUCAGCUGCAGUUCAAGCUGUGGAUGGUAUGCUAGACGAAAUAGAUAGACUUUUGAAGACUGAAGAACUUGGUGAUUCCGAAUAUCGACGAACAGUAGGUAGGCCAUAUGAUUACUCCGCUGGCCGUAUGCGAGAAUUACGACGAGAAGCUUCUCGGUACCGCGAAGCACACGUUGGACGGGCUCGGGAUAGCUGGGUUACGUUAAGUCGAGCUGUCCGAGAUCGCCGUCGUCGAGAUCUAGAACUUUUAGCUCUGCCACCGGAUGAGCUCGCAGCCCGAUUGCCACCAGCUCGUCCAUCAAUAUCCGCGAUCGCGUCUGAAGUCGCUACUGCUGACGGCAUUGAUUCAACUUCAUCAUACAAUUCCGCUGAGUCAUCCGAUCCAAACGAAGAUUCCGAGUCAGAUGAUAAUACUGGUGGACGGUUGAGGCAGUCCAAACGAGAAUCCAUAAUGCGUUUAGAUCGGCUUAAAAUGGUAGUCGACAAAAUGCAAGAAGUGCGUGAGCAGCGACAGAUGCUAUUGUCCAAACUUCGAGAGGAAAUGAAUCGAGAAGAUAAAGAAGCUGCAGCUGCUGGACAGGAUGAUUCAGAUGUACUUGUAGAACUGAGAGGAUCUAAUUUAGACGUUUCGAUGGCAGUAAAAAAAAAGUUAGACGAUCAAUAUGGUACCAUGGUGAAUUUGAUUGAGCGUAACUUGGUCGCUCAACAAAAUGUGUUGGAUGGAGUAAGAACAGCUUACGCGUGUGCUGCUCGUGAACGUCGUGCAUACGCCAAUGCCAUGGAACGACGCCGAACUGUAAUAGCAUCAUUGUUGGAUGCAUAUGAAAGUUUUUUAAUUGCCAAUGGAGGAACACCAUCAGAAACCAAUAGUGAUAUGGUUACAGCAUCACCGACUAGUGGAAUACUCCCAGAUACGGUUUUAGCUGAACGUUGUGCAAAGGGUCUAGAUUUUUAUCAACGUAUGCUAACCAAUGUAUCAAAACUAUUACAACGUGUUAAAGGUGCAUGUCAAGUACAAACCGAACAACGCGAUCAAAUAAUAAAACAGCACAGACAAUGGGAACAACAGCCAGAAGAUGACCUGACCACCAACAUUGGUGGUCUUGAUGAUCUACUAGCUGCUGUUUCGACUGUUGAUAACCAAGAUCAUAAUCAAGAAGACUUAGCUGUCUUAAUCAAAAAUUUUGGCAGCAGUGUUGGAUCAAACAAGCCCUCAGUACCAUUGGGUGGUCAUUGGAACCAACAACAUCAUCUACGUCGUCUAUCACCUCUUGGAUCAGAACAGCAAAAACAGCACUACCAUCAGUAUUCUCAUUCUCAAACACAACUGCCAUCAUCAUCUACUUUUACCACUGGUGUCAGUGGUGAUGUUAUUGGUUACUAUGAUUACUAUCAUGAUGACCAAUCUGAUAUUAAAGCUAAUACUGGUCAUAAUGGCAAUAUAAAUACUGCCCAGCAGCAACAACAAUCAGCCGCUCAUACUAUGUUUCCACCAGUUACAGCUGAAUAUAAUGUCUCAGUUGGUUCAACAGCGAUAGCAUCUUCUAUAAAUUCUACUGCUGCAUCUCUUUCAUCGCCAAGGUCGUCUUCGGUCUUGGCUUAUAACUAUUACAACUACCAAUUACCCACAGCUAAUUUAGCAACAAAUCCUUCACUAUCUUCAGCAUCGUAUAAUAAUGUUAAUACUAUAACUGGUAGUACUACUGAUAUACCUGCAACAUCUUUGUUGAAUACUACUCGCAUGGGAGCCAAUAGUGGUAAUAGCGUCUUCCCGAGUGCAGCGGCAGCAGCAGCAGUAGCGGCUUUACAACGGCCAUUACCAACACCAUACAGUAUUGGUAAUGGUAGUACUAUUGCUAAUAUAACUACUGGUAUUGGCUAUGGUGCUUCAAGAAGUUUUGGUUACCAUCAGCCGUCUCAUGUGCUCCCAACUCAACAACCACAGUUUUAUUCACAGCGAUAUCAACAACCAAUUUCAACACUGCCCUCUAUCUCUGAUGACACAACUGGUGUUGGAACUGCAGGAGUAUUUCUACAGCAGCAACAGCAAUUAAUAACAAAUGGUAGUAUAUCUGUUAGCUUACAGUCACCAUUACCAUUGUCUUCGCCUUCAAUUUCGUCAAUAUCUGUGAAUAAUAGUGGUCCAGCCACUUCAGUGAAUUCGUCUAUUGCCAUUACCAGUGGCAGUAAUACUUUUACCAAUGCUAAUUAUUUCAAUCAACUGCCUGCACAACAACAGCAGCUUCAAUUGUAUCAGCAGCAACAGUCUCAAUUAUACCAGCAGCAGCAGCAACCUCAAUUAUAUCAGCAACAAUCUCAACUAUAUCAACAACAACAGCCCCAAAUGUAUCAACAACUACAACAAACUCAGUUGAAAAACAUCGGUCAAAACACUUCUGGAAUAUUGCACUAUCCUACAUCAUUGCAGCAACAUCAACAACCAUCCCAACUAUAUCAAUCACAAAAUCAACUGCAAUCAAAUACAUCAACGACUAAUCUGCAGCAACCAUCAUCAUCAUUAUCUAAUAAUAGCGUUAAUGGCAAUAAUUAUUAUCAACAAUUGCCACAAUAUCAACCAUCAACGACUGUAGCAUCUGUAACACCAAAUAACACAACUAUGGCUUUAAAUAAUUAUUACUAUCAGCAACCAUCAAUGGCAACAACACCAGUAAUCUUUAGCCAAAAUCAACAGCAGUCACAGUACUAUCAGCAGCAACUUCCUGCAGUCACAUCUAUCUCUACGCCAGUCGUCAAUUUAUUAGAUGAUGACUUACAAAUAUCAGGACCACCACCGAUUCAACCAGAAAAAAUCAGUAUCAUUGGAGGCAAUGAUAACAAUACCACAACAUCAACAGCUAAUAUAAUUAAAUAAUUUUUUAAUAAAAAAAAUUGGUAGUUGUGGCAAUAAUUUGAGUACCAAAUACAUAUUAUUUUAAAAUAUCACCA